CUGUUAGUUUAUCAGAAAGGGGUUUUGUCUUUGGAACAUAGUCUUGAGCGCUGCACGGCAGUCUUAACAUAACAGAACAAUGGGGAGCAUUAUUGGAAAACCAAUGGACGAAAACAUGAAAAAACAACAAGAAUUCAUGCUGCAAACACAACGGCUUUUGCUUGAACGUCAAAUUCAGAUGCAGAAUCAGAUGCGUGAGAAGAUGAUGGCUAUGCAGAUGGGACGCGCUCGUGACAUGUUCAUGUGGUUUAGCUCAUUCUAUGCAGUAACUGCGGUCUUGUGUAUCAUAGGAGCCCGUCACAGACGAGGUGCCGUAAUUCCACUUUUACCGUUGACAUUUAUCCUUGGCUACCAAUACGACUUGGCUUACGGCAAUAAGAUGAUGAGAAUCCGAGCUGAAGCUGAUCGUAUUCUUGACGAUGAAGCUCUUAUGUUGGAGAUGCCUCAUGGACUUCCGACGUAUUCCACUAUUGAGGCAGGAAGACUCGAUCAGAAAGACAAAGAAAGACUCACCAAAAGCAAUGACUUAUUUUUAUAGAUUUUUUUUAUAUUCUUCUCACAGCAUUUUAUAGUGGUAUUUUCAUUAAAUGGACUGUCCAUAGUUUGCUGUAGUUGUUACAAUGCAAGCAACUAACAGAGACUUUUUAACAACUCUAAUUACAUGUUAAACAUAUUUUUCUGCCUAAAAUAUCGGUGGCUGUAUAUUAAAUGUGUUUCUUAUCAUCCUAUAUUGUUUAUGCUAGGACAAACUUCAUUUUAUUUCCAAAUAUAUUUUUUUCAUAUGUACAAAAUUAUUUGGAGAACAAAUCUAGUUUGGGCUACUUACAAAUAUUAAGACAAUCAGAAACACUGUACAUACCGAAACAAAAAUAUAUUUAAUAUGUAAUUUUAGUUGUUAAAAGAUUUUUAUUAGCAGGAAACAUGUGACAAUGGUAACAAGCUGAGGAUAGUCCCUUUAAUAUAUGUAGUUCCAGUGCAUAACAAAAGGUUUUUAUAGGGAGUUUUGUAUGGACAGCACUGAAACAUGUAUAUAUAUAUAUAUAUAUCAAAAGCAAUGCAUGGUUAUGGAAGUAGUUUGAGAGUAGACGAGUUUUAUUUGUGGCACAGUUUAUCAUUUCCAUUCAUUUUAGUAGCUGUUUAUUUGCUAUAUAGUUGGGUCAUUAAGACUUAAUUAGCACAUUUUCAAACAUUUAUUUUUACAAAUGACAACUCCAAUUUGACGCACAACUUCCAUUUCAACAUAUCGGUGCCUUUUUGUCAACGUACCCAUUUUUCUUUUUUUUACUAAAUAUUUUACUUGCAUAAUGUUUUGUUUUUUCAGUCUUAGAUAUGUAAAUACAUAACUCGAGCAAUUGAUUAAACUGUUGUCAUGGUAACCUAAAGUUAAUUUAUUUUGUUUAAUGACACUAUAAGCUUAUGGGCUCCCAUUUUUAUUAUUUAUUUAUAUUUUGGGGGAAAAGGAAGCAUAAUAGUACAUGUUAGCAGUGCUUACCGGUACUUCUCUUAUUAUUACUAUUGUAAAAAUAACCUAUUGUUACUUUAACCUAUACAGGUACUUACUGAUGUUCUUUCAUUACCAUGUUUUUAUUACUACAUAUACUGAACCUCACUGAAAGUGCAUCAGUCGGAAUUGUAGGAUAUGAGAGGAAAUAACAAUACAUUUAACAUUGUAAACUGACUGCGAGUGUGUUCUGUAUUGUGAUUGGUUAAUUACAUUCUUUUUCUGGGAUCAAAUGAAAAUAACACCCGGAAAGCUAAUUAUGUUAUUAGAA